UUUCUGUUUUUACAAAGAUAUAGAUAAAUUUUAAUAUUAACUUACAUAAUACAAUACAAUGUGAAGAUAUUUUUCUACGCGUUCCUUUUACAUUAUGUAUUUUUUCAUUCAAUGCCGAAAGAGACAAGUGCUCCAUUGUAAAUAAAAAUGAUUUCAAAAAGAUUACAUCAUAUGCUUGCAUUUUUAGUAGUUAAUAGUUGAUAUGAAAUUAAUUUUGUUUGUAUUGAUAGUGUUAUCCACAAAAGUACUGUUAUCAGAAAACGUUACUGUAGAUCGAAUGGAAAGAGAUCUGAAAACAACAAAUUCUCCUUUAAAACAGAGCAAGCGUAGUGUAUAUUCUGUCUCAUUUGAACGCAAAAAAAAGGACAGAGGAAAACCUGUUAAAACGUACCCAACACUUGAUGUAACGUUGCUAGCGCGAAAUAAAAUUUCAACUAGAGGAUAUUCAAGCCAACAAGAAUAUGUCGAAACAUCAUUUGAUUCAGGUCCUCUGAAUUCUAUCAACUCUACAUUAGAAUAUCAUACGAAUCACUCGGCUUACGUCACAAUGGCGAAACCCUUUCCGAAUUCAUUUAAGAGCAUGUGUGAAAAUAAAUCUCGAUUACAAAGGACUGCUUACCAUAAGCCUCAUUCCAGGAUAGUUGGUAAAAUUAUUAAAAAAAGUCCUUUAGAAACACCGAUGACAGAACUUGAUGAGAAUCGGUCCAAAAAAACUAAUAUCAUGAAAAUACCCUACAUUCUCUCCGAUACCACAGAUGAAUUCUCCGAGACCGUGAAAGGUUUAGACGCCCGUAUUCUGGACGAUUUAUCGAAGAAGGUAUUCUAUUCAACUCCAAAGAAGACAUACAUGAAGUUUCAAAGAUAUACUUCGCGGGAGGCUAAGGCUAUGAAAAACAGUGGAACUUCAACAGAGGAGAAAUAUAAUAAUAAUAUAAAUAUUGAUCGCAUGCAGAAUGCAUUAACAACAGAUAGCUGGACAGUUGUAAACGACACUCCUCAACCUGCAUCAAUGAUGUACGACUAUGGUAUUUCACAGGAAUUUGGGAGUAAACUGAGAAGAUCUAGGCACCCCUCUGAUCCAGUAAUUGCGCCAGACUAUGAACCAGUAAACAACGUAUUUCUUAAUCCGGACAUAUCUCAGAUAAUUGUAGAUCAUCCCUCUAAGGAAAUAAAUCUAAAAACUUUGAAAAAAUUCAAACCGCUGAUACCAGAUUACGACGGCAUGUUUAGCCGAAUCCUUCCACUGAAAUAUAUUGAAGAGACUGAUGAAGAAUUUGAUUGGUACCAAACUGACGACUUUUAUGACCCAACCGUUGAUGGGAAAAUAACAACUCCAGAGUUUCGGGAAAUCAAUACAGAAGUAAUUGAAUCGACUUCUUCAACAUACGAAGAAGAUAUACCGAUAAGGGAAAUCACUGGCUUUGAUAAACAAAUAAUGGUCUUAGGUGUCCAACAUACUCCUUAUAUCGAGGAUGAUAUUCAAGCUGAAACAAACGGCUACACAAAUCAUUAUCCCACAGCUCAAGAACAAGAAAUGGAAUUUAUGACCAAUGACGAUGAAAUUAUUGAGGAAGACGAAAAUGUCUCACUCCCAUUUACAUUUUCCCAAAAUUGGGUAGACAUUGAGGAAACAUCGAGCAGUAGUGAUCUUUUGAUUUUGGAAAAUCCGAAGAAAAAAUAUCCUAAUGAUGAAGACCCGAUUUGGACUGUCGCGACCAGUAAUCCAAAAAAUAAUUCAAAUGAAAUACCAGCCGAUAGGUACAUAUUGUGGAGAGAUCUUUUGUUCAGACCAAAAACACCUCCUUCAACCAAAACAGUGUCUCUUACUGCCAAGAAAAUCUGGAUAAACUGGAUAAAUCCAUACCAAACAACAGAAAAUGAUAUUUCAACACGACAAGAAAUGUUAGAAACAACAAGCUCACCAAGUUCAAAAAAGUACAAGACGAUUAGAAAAUUCAAGUUUAAACAGAGCACUGUAAAAGGGUCAACAGAAAAAAAUUUGGAUUCCGAUUAUUUUGCAGAAGAAGACCAAGGGACCACAGUAUUCUGGCCAAUGUGGUCACUAUCGAUUAACAAAGACACCGAAGAUUCUGUUACUAGUCCACCAUUCCUGAUUAAAGAUACACAACCUAUCUUUUCGAUUUCAUCAAUAAAAUCUGAAUCGUCAACCAGACCGGUAAUAUCGAUUUCUACUACUGUAUUGCCUACUGGAUCGAGAUUAUCCACUUCUACUACUGUAUUGCCAACUGGAUCGAGAUUAUCCACUUCUACUACUGCAUUGCCGACUGGAUCGAGAUUAUUCACUUCUACUACUGCAUUGCCGACUGGAUCGAGAUUAUUCACUUCUACUACUGCAUUGCCGACUGGAUCGAGAUUAUCCACUUCUACUACUGCAUUGCCGACUGGAUCGAGAUUAUUCACUUCUACUACUGCAUUGCCGACUGGAUCGAGAUUAUUCACUUCUACUACUGCAUUGCCAACUGGACCCAGAUUAUCCACUUCCACUACUGCAUUGCCAACUGCAUCUAGAUUAUCCACUUCUACUACUGUUUUGCCAACUGAAUCGAAAAUAUCCUCACCUACGUCUGUAUUAACAACUCUAUCUAAAAUAUCCACUUUUGCUACUGAAUGGCCAACUUCAUCAGAAAAACAUUACGACGAUAAACUUACAAAUUUUAGAAAGAAUAUUACGACCUCAGGUAUCACAACACAUACUAUCACAGACGAGGAAAACACUAUUAUUAAUGAACAAAGUCCUAAAACAUCAUCAAUAAGGGUGCCGUUAACAUCGUUGGAUAUAAAGUAUUCACAACGAUAUGAAAAUAUUACAAAAAAUACGAAUGCACCGGAAAUCACACCAAUGAUUCAUCUUAAUGAUACCACUUAUACAACACAAACGGUUCCUACUACAAUAACGAAAAACUGGAUUAAGUGGAAAAAGUUAAAAGAAAUUAAAGAAGAAAAUAUAUUGCCAAGAAAAUCUUUGCUCGCCACAGAAAUUUCUUCCUCCCAAAAGUACAAAUUGGAAACAAGUACUAAAGAAAAGGACGACUUAAAAGAAAUGGUCUCAGACAUAUUCGAUUUAAAGUACCACAUGGGACUAGAUAAUAUAUAUGAUUUGCAAACUGAUAAAAGUUUAUUUUCAUCGUUCGAAAAUAUAGAAGAUGAGGAUAUUAAAACUAUUCUUGGUAGUAACGGUUCAGAUCCCAUAGAUUUUUGGCCAAGGUGGAGUUAUAAAGACUACAGCUAUUUUGAAUCGCUUCCCCCUUUUCUGAAUCUCGCUACAGAACCUAUCACGUCCGUUACUUCGGCAAUAUCUGAAGUGUCUAAUGGAAGGGAGAUUUCUGAUUUAACUGUUCAAUCCACUACUCCUUUAAAAGAACAAAUUUCUCAAAAAGUUGAAAAGAAAGAAAGAAAGGAGGGGAAAACCGUUCAAGGUAGAAAUAAACCCUAUAAUGAAAUCGUAAAGUUCAUUACAACAAAUGCAAUUAAAACUUCUACUAAAGUUGAAAACAUAUUAACUCCGCUUGCAAAUAUAAAAAAUAAGGUUACUAAAACGGAAGAUUCAAAGUCGUGGCCGAUUUGGCUGUCGACUAUGCCAUCCAUUAAAUUUCAAUGGCCAAUUUGGAUGGAACCUCAAUAUAAAAGAAAAUUAGUCAAAGAUCCCAUGGCAAAAGAGAAUAACAAGGAUGUUACAGAACAGCUCGACAAAGAAGAGGAUGAAUCAACAAGCCCCUCUUCGACAAUGUUUGAAUCAAAAGAUAAAACAGAAACGAAACCACUUUCUUCUUCUGUACCGACAACAACAAAUAAACAAAUUCAUUCAUUUGAAACAAAAACUAGUACCGUUUCAAAUGAUGAUCUAGAUAUUACUGAUGAAGCGGUGUGGCCAAUUUGGGUUAUUUUUAAUCCUAAAGACUACACCGAGUCAUCUAUCACUUUUCUGACAUCAAAGAUCACUGAAACAAUUUCAUCUUCCAUUAAGCCCAAACUGAGCAGUAAAAAAUAUUUUAUAACCGAGAAAAAUCCCAAAUGGUAUUCAACGCUUAUUGAUACUACGAUACAUACCACAUCCGAAAUGUAUAGAAUUAGCACUGAAACUGAGGUAACUACUACCAAAACUGUAGUAACCAGUACCGAAACUGUAGAAACUAGUACUGAAACUGUUAGAACAAGUACCGAAACUGUUGAAACUAGUACCGAAACUGUUGGAAAUAUUCUUGAAAAUGAAGGAAUUAGUAUUGAAACUAAAGGAAGAAGUCAAACAAGUUAUGAAUAUAAUACCGGAAAAGAAAUAGCUAUUGCCAAGACAGGAACCAAUUCUCGAAAAUAUUUCCCUACCACUGUAAAGGAUUUCUUAAAAACGACUGAAAGUGCACCACCUGCUGCAUCUAAACCGGCAAAGACCUCCAGAAGAGAGUGGAAGAGAUGCACUUGCAAGGCAAAGGCGAAGACCACCGCAAUCACCUGUCCUACGCAAAAUAACCAACCAGAAGACAAGAAAAUAUCUACCUAUGAUCAAUAUGAUUACAACUUAAUUGUCCCAAAACUACCUGAAGACAGCGCUUAUGAGAUCGACCGUCAACCGGAAUACGAAAAUGAAGCGAAUAAAUACCCAAUACUUCAGGAAGUUCCUUAUGAUGAAGAAGAUGAUAUUUUGGAAGCAAGAAUGGAUGAGGAGAAUAAACAAGACAUAUGCGCUCGGCUGUUGGAUUCCAGUGAACGAUCAAUUAUACCGUCGGCUAGCCUAUUCAUUUUCAUUGGAUGGUUGAUAGUGAUUUAAAAU